UACUGGAAGAAGACUCAAUGGAGCAGGACAUAGAGAGCCCUGUCCCUAUUCAUCAGCCAAAGUUACCCAAACAAGCUAGAGAGGAUCUGCCAAAAAAUCUAAACAAAGAAUGUGCCAAGAGAAAAAUCCAGAGAUAUGUUAGGAAAGAUGGAAAAUGCAACGUCCACCACGGGAAUGUCAGAGAGACCUACCGUUACUUGACUGACAUCUUCACUACUUUAGUCGAUCUGAAGUGGAGGUUCAACUUGUUGAUUUUUGUCAUGGUUUACACAGUGACCUGGCUCUUCUUUGGAAUGAUCUGGUGGCUAAUUGCCUACAUGCGAGGAGAUAUGGAUCAUAUAGGGGACAGCACGUGGACACCAUGCGUCAGCAACCUCAAUGGGUUUGUCUCAGCCUUUUUAUUCUCAAUCGAGACAGAAACUACCAUUGGGUAUGGUUACCGGGUCAUCACAGACAAGUGUCCCGAGGGAAUUGUUCUUCUUUUAAUUCAGUCUGUUUUAGGUUCUAUCGUCAACGCUUUCAUGGUUGGCUGCAUGUUUGUGAAAAUAUCUCAACCCAAGAAGAGGGCAGAAACCUUGGUUUUUUCUACAAAUGCAGUUAUUUCCAUGCGGGACGGAAAGCUAUGUCUGAUGUUCCGAGUAGGAGACCUUAGGAAUUCACACAUUGUAGAGGCAUCAAUACGAGCCAAGUUGAUCAAAUCCAAACAGACAAAGGAGGGGGAAUUUAUACCGCUCAACCAGACAGAUAUCAACGUAGGUUAUUACACAGGGGAUGAUCGUCUCUUUUUGGUUUCACCACUGAUCAUCAGCCAUGAAAUUAACCAGCAGAGUCCUUUCUGGGAGAUUUCCAAAGCCCAGUUGCCCAAAGAGGAGCUAGAAAUUGUUGUAAUCCUAGAAGGAAUGGUGGAGGCAACAGGAAUGACAUGCCAAGCUCGAAGUUCAUAUGUUACAAGUGAGAUCCUGUGGGGUUAUCGUUUCACCCCUGUCCUCACUCUGGAGGAUGGAUUUUAUGAAGUUGACUACAAUAGUUUUCAUGAAACAUAUGAGACCAACACCCCAGUUUACAGUGCCAAAGAGCUGGCAGAGAUGGCCAGCCGAGCAGAACUGCCCCUGACUUGGUCUGUUUCCAGCAAGCUGGACCAGCAUGCUGAGCUGGAAACUGAAGAGGAAGAGAAGAAUCAAGAAGACCAAAAUGAAAGAAACGGUGAUGUGGCAAACCUAGAGAACGAGUCCAAAGUGUAGAACCAGAGGUGUAAGGGCCACAUGACCAUCUUUAACUUUUCCCUUUAUGUUCCCCCUUUAUUUCUUCCACACACUUUUAUUUUUCUUCCUUGUCAUCAUUAAUUCUGGGAAAAUAAAUGCUUCAGAUGUGAAAUAUCUACCUGCCCAGUUUAAACUCAAGAGUUUCACAGACUAAGCUAAGAGGUAGGUUAAAGCUGCAAUACCCAUUACUUUCACUGGAAUCUCCAUCCCCACCCUGAUAACGACUGCCAGCUUCCUCUGCACCUCUCUGACUUCAGACCUCCAGGUUUCCUCAAAUAACAAAAAAGCCACCGGAAUCUAAACAAGGUAAAUAAAAAGGAAAGACUAAUUGAUGUUCAUCAAAGCAAUGGGCCUUGGCUCCAGUUUUUUUUAUGCAUUUCAGGACAGCUUUGCAAACUGGAUGACAAGCCUCUGUAAAAUGGGCCUUGCAGCUUUAAGAGGAUGGU